CUCGAAUCGGGCGACAGGGACGAUCGCGUCGCCGCGAGGCGCGCACGCAUCGCCGCGCGGCUCAAGGCUAAGCGCGAGGCGGAAGAUCCCAGCCUCAUCGAGCCCGAACCCGAACCCGAACCCACCGCGGAAGAGACACAGGUGAGGGACAGUAAGCGAAGGCUCGCCAGGCUCAAGGCCCUCGGCUUUGAAGACGUGACCGACAUAAAGGCGGUUGCCGUCGCGAGGGAGGCGCAUCGACGGGGCGUUCGCGACGAUCGGAGGGUCGAGCGGAGGAACCGCAUCGAGCAGGAGCGCGCCGAGACCAUGCAGAGGGACGGCGAGGUGGCAGGCGAGUGGGACAAGCUGCGGGGCAUCAAGGUGGCUCACGAUUUGAACGCCGCUAUUCAGGCGCAAAAGGCGCUUUGCGACCAGAUCGUCGCGAGCAAAAACGCGCUCAUCGCCGAGAUGACCGAGGAGCUCGACAAGGAGGACGAGGAGUUCGAGAGGAACAUUCGCAGGCAGGAGGAGGAGGUUGACGAGACCCUCAAGCGGAUGAACUCGCAAUACAACGAGCUCUCCGCCGCGUACAUGUCUGAAUUUGACGAGAUCGAGCGCGUGUUUUUAGAGGAGAGGAGCGCGGCGCUCAAGGCGAACAUGGAGGAGCUCGACGCCCUCUUCCAACGGAGAGACGCGGCUGAGCUCAAGUACAUGGAGGACGUGGCGGCGACAGCGGAUGCGUACAGGAAGGAGCUCGAGAAGCACGAGGCUGACGACGCGGAGGAGUACACGAUGCUCAAGAUCAGGCUCGAGACGGACAUCGCCAACCUUCAGCGACACCUGGCUGACAUGAAGUCGACCUACCUGCUCAACGCGGAGAAGCUAGAGUACAACUACAGGGUGCUCGUCGAGAGGGACCACGAGAAUGCCGGGACGCUCCAGAUCCAGCGACGCAAAAUCGCAAAGCUCAGGGAGACGCUCAUGAAGGUCAAGGACAAGUUCCACGCGAUGGACAAGAAGUUCUCCGAUGAAAACGUUCGUCUGACGGAUGACCAUAGGAGGGUGACGGAGCAGUUCAAGGAGCUCGAGAUCAAGUUUCGCAACUUCCAGGCGAGCGACCGCAAGAAGUUUCAGGAGGUGUGGGCCAUGAAGGAGGAGGAGAUUGCGAGGAAGGUGAAACGAGCAUUGGACGCCGACCGGAUCCUCCACGAGCAGCAUCUUGGCAUGGUGUGGCAUCCCCCGUCGGAGGAUGUUUUCAAGCACCCAGAACAGCUGGCGCUGGAUGAGGCCAGGAGAAAACGCGCCGCCGCCACCAAAGCCGCCAGGGCCAGCAGCGGGGAGCCGGGUGGGACAGUAGGAAUGGAGGAGGACGAAGAUGUCGACGUCGAGGAAGAGGAUAACCCGUUCGAGCAGAGGAUCGCGGACCCGGCGCACGAAAACUACCUGGCGACGCUGGUCGACGUGUUCUACUUCCUCGUCGAUCCCAAGGCUCAGCGCGCCGUGAGAGCCGCUGAGGCGGCCGUCGCGGAGGGCACCGGCGCGUCGGAUGAGGAGCGAUUCACCACCGCGGCUGCCGUCGCUCGGCUCCAGGCGGAGAGCGUGCUCAAGGCUUUGGGUGUGACGGAUGCAUCCUCGUUUGACGGUCUCGCCAACGCCCUCACCGUCGACGGCGUGGACCCCGUGAUGCACGCGGGCGGCGGCGGUGACGUGGCGGAGAUCAUGCUCCCGAGCGUCGACCUCCUUCAACCGUUCGGCGAUGACGCGCCGGCUACGAGAAAGACCAAGGAGCAGCUCGAUAAGGAAUUCUGGGAGCGCAUGUCCAACGCGGUUGGGGAGAAGAACUUCAGGGUAUGGAGACAGCUGGAGAGGUCGAUGGAACGGUACCGCGAGAUGCUGAUGAAGCGUCGGGACUCGCUCAGGGACGCGGAGUCGCUGCGAGAGCAGAAUGACGAGCUUCGGGGUCUACUCAACCAAUAUUUGAGCUCAUCGGUGAACGAUGAGCUCGUUGUACCCCCG